CCGGCGGCGCUACGCCGUUUGCGUAGCGAGCCCCAAGAUGGCGGCGCGGUCGUCGUCGGCGGUGGCCGGAGCGCGGGCGGUGGCGGCGGCGCGGCCGGGAGCGAGGGCAGGGGUGAGGCGGGCGAAGGGAGGCAGCGCGUAGCCAGACCCACGAAGCGAGACCCAGAGAGAGACUGUCGCGGGCAGGCGGUUCCCCCGCGCCCCCCCGUCCUUCGCCGCCCGGUGGGUCCCGCCCGCCCCCGCCCUCCGGGCCGCGCGUCCUCCGGCCCCGCCGCCCCCGGAGCGGAGGAUGAUGAAGCUCAAGUCCAACCAGACGCGCACCUACGACGGGGACGGCUACAAGAAGCGGGCGGCCUGCCUGUGCUUCCGCAGCGAGAGCGAGGAGGAGGUGCUGCUGGUGAGCAGCAGUCGCCAUCCAGACCGAUGGAUUGUCCCCGGGGGUGGCAUGGAGCCCGAGGAGGAGCCCGGCGUGGCCGCCGUGCGCGAGGUCUGUGAGGAGGCUGGAGUGAAAGGGACGUUAGGAAGAUUAGUGGGAAUUUUUGAGAACCGGGACAGGAAGCACAGGACUUAUGUUUACGUACUCAUCGUCACCGAAGUGUUGGAGGACUGGGAGGACUCUGUCAAUAUUGGAAGGAAAAGGGAAUGGUUCAAGAUAGAGGAUGCCAUAAAAGUUCUGCAGUAUCACAAACCAGUGCAGGCCUCGUAUUUUGAGACCUUGAGGCAAGGCUGUCUGGCCAACAACGGCACCCCGGUGAUGAGCACGCCGUACUCCGAGGGCUCCGUGUCCGACAUCAGAUGACUGAGCACGUCCCUGCCCGAGCAGUUCCCUAAAGCAGACUGAGACCUGGAUUUCCCUCCCCUCCCCGUUUCCAUGCCUCCUCCCUCACACCAGGCAUGGGCAGCCGCCUGGGGCAGAGCAAGUGUUCAGAGUGCUGCGAUUUAGUGCAAGGUGGGAUGAUUUUUUUUUGUUGUUGUUGUUGGCUUUUUUUGCUUUUUUUUUUUUUCUUUUUUUUGGAUCUGUAUUUUGUAAAAUACAUUUUGUGCAUGAAGUGCCCCUUUCCCGGUACUCCGCUCCACGGCCUGGAGGCUGCCAGCCCCGCAUCUGCCUUGUGCUCUGAAGUGUCCCAAGUGUCCCCUUCGUGUCACCCCAGCCAGAGCCACUUUUUCGUUUUUUUUUUUUUAAUUAAAAGACUUCCAAUGUGAGAUCAGCUCUUCAAGUCUUAGUCUGUACUGUAAGGUGCUGCUCAGACCCGUGUGGGGAUUACUCGCAGCACGUCUGUAUAAACUUUUUUUUAGAUGGAGGAUCUAACAUUUUAAUUUUGCGGGAGGUUUUUUUUUAAUCCUGGUCUGCUUCUGAAAAGAAGGGUUCAUAAUUAAUCUGUUUGCCUUUUGUUCUGUUUUUUAAACACACACAUUCUGUGACAGUGCUAGUGGCUGGGCCAGUUCACUCCCCAACCAGUAUCUCCCGAUUUAGUGCAGUGACACUUGAAGUUGAGGGCAGAGUUCGGAUCACCUGCAGACAUCCUUGCAGCCAUCCCCGCGGCUUUUCCGGCAGCUUCCACCAACGUUUCUGCGUUUCCAUCCGAGGGAAACUGCACUGGAGCUGGUCUGGAGCCAAAACCAAACAGCCUCAGCAGCGCUGCAACAGCGCCCGGGUCGCUGCGGUGGGAGCCGGGGAUGCAGGGGGUCGGACGGACAGACUGCAGCCAGGCUCACCACCGCUGUCCCCUGCUCCCGCCGCGUCCUGCUCGUGUCUCUCUCGUCCACAUGCCUUACGCCGUGCUGAGCUGGACACUUGGGGUUUGUGCCGAGCACCGGGCCGCGCUCGGAGAGCCGCGCGCGCGGCCCCGAAGAGGAGCCUCCGGGGGGAGAAUUCGGGUGUUGAGUCUCUUGUCCUGUGGUUCUGCAGCACUUAGGGUCGCACCGUGGAGCGUGCUUGGAGUGUGCCCUCUGUGAAAGGUACAGCUGCCUCCUGCAGGCAGCAUUCCCGGGGCAGCAGCGCAGGAGGGCUCCCCGACGCGUUGGCGCACUCACCUGGGGGUUUGUUGUUUUAUUGCUGUAAGUUUCAUGCUGUCUUGAUUUGCCAACAGUGUUGUCUAGUUGGGAAAUAAAAUGGGAAGGGUUGGGGUUGGGGUCGGGGGGUGGGUUGGGACAGGUACAAGUUUUGGGAGGGGCAUUAAUUAAUCCCUGGCUUGGGACAAGAAGUGGUUGCUGAGUUCAGUAACUUCUCCUUUGUCAGAGCAGAGCCAAGAUGUGAAAUUAAAUCUGCAGUACUUUUUUUUUUUUUUCCUUUUUUUUCCUGCUCUUUAUUUAACAAAAAAUAUUCUAAUAAACACUCACUGUUCUGGAGUUUUCUCUCUUCCUGAGAAGCGCUUACAAUAUGAAAAUCUGAUAGAAAUAUCCAUGGAGCCUGGGACAAGGGGGAAUGGUAUCCUUGCUGGUUUGGCAAGAAGCUGUUCAUUUUAAGAUCCUUUUCUGUUCCUUUCCUUGUUCUCCCUGCUUUCAUCGGUGUGGAGUAGCAAGGCCAAAAGCAGUGCCAGUGAUCGCUGACAUGGAAAACCACGCGUAAGGAACAGCCCAUUAUUCAAGGAGUAGCUCAAACCCGAGCGUCUGGAAUUGAGCCCAAAUUACACCAGUUCAGCUCACUUCAACUUAGAGACGAAUGUACAAUCCUUUCUCACUCUGUGCUGGUCAGCCUGAACCAAACUCUCAAAAGGGCUUGAAUAUUCCAUCUGGAAGUGUCCAAGAAAUUCCCAGAGUCGCUGUCCCCGUGCCCUGCGAGGCACCUGACACAGCCAUCUACUGCCUUCAACGAGUCUUGGUCUCCACUGUACAGAUUAGUAUGUUGGAAAAAUGCUUUGCAACAAAACAGCUGGUACUCCUGAAAGAGUAACUGCAGUUUUAAUAUCAGCAGCAUGCACACUUUUGUUUUUAAACUAAAAAUGUUUUUACAGGGCUGUUAAACUGACAAUUUAGGGUAGAAUAUUGUUAAUGACUUGCUAAUGGCUUAUUUGUUUGGGUCAGAAAAAAUAAAUUGUGCCAAGAAAGUGUUUUAAUGUGGCAUGGAUUGAUGCUGUUACCACGGAGUGGCUGAUGUUACAGGGCAUAACAUGCCUUGGAAAUGGCUCCUGGGGCAGGAACAGCCUUGGUGGAAGAGAUGCACAUUUCAGACCAGGCCUGAGCCCUGUGCUCCCUGAACCUCUCCCUGCACCACACAAUUCCCAUCUUCCUCAGCAGCUGAGGUUCCUCCAGAGCUCAUACAGCAGUUGGAGUGGUUUUACCUAAACUGGUGUUAAUUGGUUUGGGACUGAGCAUUGCUCUGUCUGUGAGAGGCCCAGGGCAGCUGUGGGAGGGUGGCUCUGCUUCUGCAGCCCUGGCAGUGUUCAGUGUCACUGCGGGGCCACCGAGCCCCAGGGGAUGAGCUCCCAGCUGUGCUCAGACCGGUGCUGUUCCAAGCUGCUGGUGUUGGACCGUGGGAUUCUUACCUCAGCUGGCCUGACCCCUGUGUGAGGUGUCACUGUGUCUCAGCAUCCCCUGGGAGCAGUUCUCAGCUGGCUCUCAGCCCGGCUGUGCUCUCUGGGCACUGCUGGGAGCUGCCUACCACAGAGGGUGUCCCCAGACAGCCAGGGAGGUGCAGCAGCCCUCUGCUCCCCCCUCCUGGCAGGUCCUGAAAGCUGCUGUGGGCUGUGAGGUGAGGAGGGGCUGCUCUUCAUCACCCAGCUGGGAGAGGGGAAGAGGAAGGGGGAAGGGGGUCCCUCACCCAUGGGUGCUGGGGAGGCAGCACCCAAACCUGCUGCUGUCUGCCCUGCUGCUGGGGGGAAGCUGGGAGCUGGGUUUGGGGCUGGAAGGAGCAGUGUCAGCAUUCCCAGCAGCUCUGUUCCUGUGUAGGUGGGUGCUGUGAGCUCUUCCCUGCUCUCCUGUGGAGCACUGAGGCAGCUCGCUCAGCCUGAGCUGGAAUGUGCCUUAAAGCAAACUCUGUAAAGGGAAAAAUGAAAAGGGGCUGGAAUCUGCAAGUGUUGCUGUUUCCCUUGUGUGGCCACAAAGUAUUCAGUGGCUAAAAAUGUGGGUAGGGAAUGUCAGGAAUCCUCAGUUCCCUUCCCGGAUCCAGCAGAGGCUUUGGGCCUUUGCCUCAGCUUUUCCAUGCAGAAGCUGUGUUCAGCAUUCCACAGCGAGCAGGGAUCAAAAUCCUGGAGGCUGCAAGGUCCAGCGAGCACCCCUUGUAGCAGAGCUGUGGGUUUUCCUGCCUGUUCUCUCUGUUUUGUCCCAAAUUAACCUGUUUGUGGUUUCACACAGCCGGGUGCAGCGUCCAUCCCUGUGCACUGGGGCUUGGUCAGGGGCUGCUUUGGGGUUUCACCCUCCCAAGUGGAGCCUGUGGCUGGUGCUGGGGGAGGAUGGAGCUGCACCUUCAGCCAAACCUGCCCCAGGCAGUGACUGUGAGGAGCUUUUCCCUCUGGCUGACCCAGGGCCUGCUCUGGUCUUGCUCCCAGGCUGGGUUUUCCCUCCUGGCUCUGUUCUCCUCAAUAACGGCAUCACCUGGUGGCUGCAGCCCUGCAGGGACGUGGUGACCUCAUGGCUGGGUGUCCCUCAGUGCUCCCCGAGCCCCUGGCACACACAGGGUGGGAUUCUCCUUUUCUAAGCUUGGAAUGAACUAAUCCAGCUGCUCUGGGAUGCAGAGAUCCUGGGGUGCUGUGCUGGGAUAGUGUCAGGGGUCUGUACAAAACUAAAGUGGAGCUGGUGGAAAAAAAAAACCUGAGGUGGUGAAAAAGAAACUGAACUGGACUGAAGUUGUAUUUAGGAGAUUUAUACAUCUCUCUUUGGUGCUAGUCCAUAGAGGUUUUUCUUUUCUGUUGUUUUGUUUUUGGUUUGGUUUUCUUUUUGGUGGGAAGAUGGGAAUUUUGAUGUUAUACUUGAUGAAUUUGCUCUAGAAUUGCCUCAGAAACCUGGGGAGGUCUGAGAGUGUUUGUUGAAUUUCCUGUGUGUCCUAUUUUAUAUUUAUUAAAUCAGAAAAUCUGGAAUGAUCACUUUGCAUUUGCUGCUCAGUCCUUCCAUGAGCUGUGUGUACAUGGGGGGCUCCUGGCAGUCCCCCCAAAUCAGGAGAAGGGGACCCCAGACCCAUCUGAGGGAUGAAUGACCAGCGUCCAUUGUCCAGCCUCCUGUCCACAGGCAUUUUUGCCUGAGGCUUCUCCAUUCCUCCCCAAAACAAGGACUGUCCAUGGCUGGUCAGAGCUGUGGGGGUUUGAGCAUCUCUGCUUUGUUCUGAGCUGGUACCUUGGACCUCACCUGCAGGAGCAGGUGUUCUGCUCAGUGCUGGCUGGCAGGUGCAGGACAUCCCUGCAUGGUUCUGACCUCUCAGCUGUGGUGUCUCCAGAAAGGCUGGAAGGUUCUCCGUGUGUGAAGCUGGGUGGGUCCUGUCACGAGGGGUUUCCUCUGUUGAGUUGUGUGUGAGAGGGAGGCCGCCACUGUCUUUAAAAGAGUGAAAAAUGGAAAAAAUGAAAUUGGUGGGUGCCAGUUUGCCGAGAGUGUGGGCUGUAAUCUAGUGCCAACCAAUAAACACGCCAGUAUUUCA